CGCCAAUCCAGCGGUAGGGGUGGGACUGUGCAGGCGCAGAGAAUUAGUUUGGCUGUCCUCGAUUUAAAGAGACAGAAGCUGUCCGGGUCCUUGAAGACGGCCCCCCAAUACCCUCCCCCCAAGUCCUUGGGACCACUUGGGUCCCCAGAGCUGGGGAGAUGGUUUGCGGAGGCUUUGCCUGCUCCAAGAAUGCGCUGUGCGCUCUCAACGUAGUCUACAUGGUGAGAUUUUGGAAGUGGGGGAGACUUCGGUGCGGAAAGCUGGUGGGCUUGUUGCUCAUUGGAGUGGCUGCUUGGGGCAAGGGCCUGGGUCUGGUGUCCAGCAUCCACAUCAUCGGAGGAGUCAUUGCUGUGGGAGUCUUCCUUCUCCUAAUUGCAGUUGCUGGACUGGUGGGUGCUGUCAACCACCACCAAGUCCUGCUAUUCUUUUACAUGAUCAUCCUUGGUUUGGUCUUCAUCUUCCAGUUUGGAAUCUCUUGCUCAUGUCUGGCUAUUAACCGAAGCAAACAGACAGAUGUCAUCAAUGCUUCUUGGUGGGUCAUGAGCAACAACACCAGGCAUGAACUGGAAAGAAGUUUUGACUGUUGUGGCUUGUUCAACCUCACAACCCUGUACCAAGAUGACCCCUCCUGCAAUGCAAUCUGCAAGAACAGGAGUUCCACAUGCCAGAUGUGUGGAGAAAAGUUUCUUAAGCAUUCAGAUGAAGCCCUGAAAAUCCUAGGGGGUGUUGGAUUAUUCUUUAGCUUUACAGAGAUCCUUGGUGUUUGGCUGGCAAUGAGAUUUCGGAAUCAGAAGGAUCCUCGAGCUAACCCCAGUGCCUUUCUAUGAGACUAUGGACCCUUCUGACUUUUCCCUGUUUUCUCCCAGCUUUUUAUUCCUACCUUUGGGAAAACGUAGGGUCUUGUAGCCCUUUUUGUUUAAGAAAAAGGAAAGGCCCUUUGCCACAUCCCCUAAAACUAAUUGAAUGGCUAGGCUUUAUGUCCUGACGUAUUUUGGAGCAAGAUUAAGUAAGGAAGGAAAAAACUCCCUGUGUCCCCAAGUGGAUAUAAACAGAGCCUGGGAGUGCAUUAUGUGGGGUGGACUCAUUCAUAGCUGUUUCCCGUUUUCACUCUUCUACUUGCUGGAUGACCUCAACAUGCCUUGCCCUGGCUCCAAGAGUAAAUUGGAUAAAGCCAAGAAGAAAACCAAGAACCCUUGUAAUGUGCAAGACCCAGUUUGAGAAAGCUUAGUUGAACAUAAGCCACCUUAACCUCCAAAGGGCUCCACAGACUGCCUAGGCCCGGUGUAACUUAAGGAAAGAGUCUUUAUGGUUGUGCAGGGAAGUUCCUUCUUUCAAGUGGUUUUUCAAAUCACUUAAUGGUAAAAUCAAUCAGAGAAAGAAACAUUAAAAAAAGAUCAUAUUUCUU